AAUAGAGCACGUCUGGGAAAGGAAGAGCUGAAUGAUGAAAAUUUGGCAUGUACCAUGCUGCAUGCUCUGCACUCAUCCCGCCUCUUCUGCUCCCAUACUAGAUAGAUUCUGCUUUCAGGAAGAUUUCGUAGGCAGGGUACAAUAAAGAUGAAACAUACUCCUGGGGAUUCUAAUACCCUUUCAGAAAGAGCCUAUCUAAAAUGAAAUCAAAUCCUGUGUAUUUUUCAGCAAAGACUAUACUCGGAAUGUUAGAAGACAUAACUAACCAAAGUGUGGCUUUUUCUUCCUUUCACGCUGAUGGUAUUUUUAAUGUUUUAUUGGUCAUUUUGCUGCCUUGGGUGAAUGCCUUGGGCCGGCACUAUACCUUUAUUUGUAUUACAAAUGUUUCUCAACCCUGAGUAUUGUAAAACUUUGGAAAUUAGUAUAACCUAUGUGGUGUUGUCUUCCAAAAUCAGCAGAUCACCCGAAACAAAACCUGAGGGGUUUAUCCCACUGCAUUCAUCUCAUAUUUGGACCUCCCACAUGUAAGGGGAUGAUGUUAACUUUGUGAGCAGUGCCGUCCAAGUAAUCGGCUUACCUCACCUGCCAGGAUCCAUUUCCGAGCAGGUGACAGGACCAUGGGCGACACACAGAAAGGAAAGCUUCAUCAGGCAAGUCAUGUGAGAGCUGAACUGCAUCUGUUCCCCUCCAGAAAGCUCACAGGAGAUGUCCUCCAGGACACUGAUCAAAGACAGGACCGCAAACAGGAGCUGGAGACAGAAAAUGAGGUGGAGACAUCUUUUGGAAAGAGACAGGGAACGAUAACUCCGCAUGGGAUGGAAGUCUGGGAGUGUGAGGUCAGUGACAGAGCCCACAUUAGCAAGGUGAUCCUUUCUGGGGACAAGCCAGACCCACCCUUGUGUGAGAACAGCACCAUUUGGAUUCAGCAGGUGGGAGAGAAAACCUACGAGUGUCCUGAGUGUGGGAAGAACUUCAGCCGGAGCUCAUACCUGAGCCAGCACCAGAGGAUCCACCUGGCAGAGAAACCCUUCAGCUGCUCCGAAUGUGGGAAGAGUUUCACUCGCAACUCGGACCUGAUCAAGCACCAGCGGAUCCACACUGGUGAGAAGCCCUACCAGUGCACUGAGUGCGAGAAGACUUUCAGCCAGAGGUCCAAUGUGAUCAGGCACCAGCGGACCCACACGGGAGAGAGACACUACCAGUGCAAUGAAUGUGGGAAGAGCUUCAGCCAGAACUCACAUCUCAUCGUCCACCAGCGAAGCCACAAGGGUGAGAAACCCUUCCAUUGCGCCCGGUGUGAGAAAAGCUUCAGCGACCGCUCCUCCCUGAUCAUACACCGGAGAGUCCACACCGGAGAGAAGCCCCACGUGUGCCAGGAGUGCGGGAAGUGUUUCCGAGACAGCUCAGCCAUCAUUCGGCAUCAGAGGAUCCACACGGGAGAGAAACCAUAUGAGUGCGCUGAGUGCAGGAAGACCUUCCGGCAGAGCUCCUCUCUGGUGACCCACAUGCGAACACACACAGGUGAGAAGCCCUACAAGUGCCCCGUGUGCGGGAAAGGCUUUAGCCAGAGCUCAGCGCUCACCACGCACCGCCGGAUCCACGGAGGAAAGGCCUUGCCUGUGUAUCAUGGUGACCUCCUGCCCAACCCUUACCAGUGUGCCGAGUGUGGCCGGCGGUGCAGCGACCGCUCCACACUGGCCAAGCACCAGACCACGCACACCAAGGAGCGGCCCCACAUCUGCGUGGAGUGCGGGGACAGCUUCCGUCGGAGCUCGGCUCUCAACGUGCACCUGAGGAUCCACCGUGGGGAGAGACCCUACAAGUGUGAGGAGUGCGGCAAAACAUUCAGGCACAGCUCGGCCCUUGGUGCCCACCUGAGGAUCCAUGCAGGAGCCAAGCCCUACGAGUGCGGUGAGUGUGGGAAAAGCUUCCGGAAAAGCUCGACGCUUCAAGUGCAUUUGAAAAUCCACGUGGCUGAGAAACCUUAUAAAUGUAUGGUGGGUAGGAGAACACUCACUUCACACUCACUUCUGCCAUAGGGCUGGAGUGGGUGACUGGAGCAGGAAACAAAAGCGGUGUUUGGGGGGGUCAUGUGAAGAAGGUGGGUGACGAGAACCAUGGUGGGAAGAGACUGACUGGAGAUGUGGUGAAUGGUGUCAGGGAUGGUUGCUUGACCCCAGGGGCACAAAAACCUUUAGGAGGUCUGGAAGCAGGGAGUUAGUCCUUGGAGCCGAGUGCUGGUAGUUGAGGAAGUGUGCUGGCAGCCUGAGGAACAGGAGAAUGGCCUGACUGCAAUGGAGUGUGCCCUGCACCUGGAGAAGAAUGUGAACCAGUCACUGCUAGAGCUGUGCAAAUUGGCAACUCAAAAGAACGACCCACACUUGUGUGACUUCAUUGAGCUUCUGGCUAAAUCGAGGACUGUGAAUAUGUGGUAGAAUAACAACUAGGAGAACCAGGCUUGCAAAAUAACUUUCCAGCUGAAGUAAAGAUCAAAAUAAAAAGUGCCGGAUUGGUUCCAAGUCUGAAGUCUGGCUUGUUAGACACUGUAGUUGUGUCUUAGAAACUCUUUUUGUUACCUUCCCUUUUUAAAAUUUUUAUUCCCUUGUCCUGAGAGGCCAAAGGGUAACAGUUCUAAACUAAAGGAGGGAAGAUUCAGUCUAGACACAGGGAAGAAAUUUUUUACAACGAGGGUGGUGAAACCCUGGCCCGGGUUGCCCAGAGAGGUGGUAGAUGUCCCAUCCCUGGAGACAUUCAAGGCCGGGCUGGACGGGGCUCUGAGCAACCUGAUCCAGUUGAAGAUGUCCCUGCUCAUGGCAGGGGGUUGGACUGGGUGAGCUUUGAAGGUCCUUUCUAACCCAAACUAUUAUAUGUUUUUUCAUGAACGUAAUAAGUUUACCCAGUGUUUGACAAGGUGCUUCCAGAUCUUUUGAGCCUGAGACUCUGGAGAUGAACCUGACUCUAUUUGUCUUUUCUUCUUCUUUUCCAAAUCGCACACGGGGCAAUGAAUUCCUACCUCCACACACAAAGCCUGGUUGAUAUGACAGCUGAAUAAUGCAAAACUGUCGCAGCAGUUCCCAGAAAAUACGGAUGUGCAAGCGUUUCCAGUUGGAACUCUGCCCGUUACUAGUCUGUGGCAGCUUCUCCCAACUUUGUCCUUGCUGGUUUGAUACACUUUAUAACCCAGGUCACCAACAUGGGCAAAAAUGUGGCCUUACCUUAUUUAACCAAAAAAAUGUUCCCCCACCAGAUGUCCUACUCAGAACUGGUGCACAGUGAUUUCCUACUGGUAGUCCACAGACUGUUUGCAAUUUUGUAGUCCUUUUUAUGAUAGUCUUCUUUAGCUCAGUAUUGUUUGUAAAGUAUUAACAUAUAAAACUCAGCCUUAGCAGUUAGGUGUUAUUAUAUUUGCAUUUAUUACUACGCUAAUGACUGUAUAUUACAUAAACCUCCUCUAUAUUGCUAUGUUUUAUUACUGGUUCUGUGUUUCCAUCCUAAAUAAACCCAUUUUUUUGCUCUGUAUAA